CUGUUGUCAGCGUCUUUGCAGGCAGGAUGGGCUCCAUCGACCCCAGCACCGACCCCAAAACUUCACCCGACAUUCAAUUCGGGUCUCGCACUCCAGAGUCCACCAUCAUCGCCGCGCAAGAGCACCUCCAGGAGCAUGGCUGGGCCGUGAUCCCGGACGUGCUCUCGCCCGAGGAAAACUCGCUCGUGCUCUCGCACCUGUGGGCGGCGGCCGAGAACUUCCGCAAGCAGGGCGACGACACAUACAUGCCGAUCCUCGACCCAAACGCCUCCAACAUCCGCGUCUUCUACCUCAUGGCCCUCGACAAGAUCUUCCGCGACCUGAUCCAGCAUCCCGUCGCCGUCAAGAUGGUGGAGAAGGUGCUGGGCGAGAACUGGCUGAUCAGCAAUUUAACCGCCAACAUCGCCCGGCCCGGCUCCAAGAGCAUGGCCCUGCACAGUGAUCAGUCCCUGGUGAUGCCCGAGCCCUGGAUGUCCACGUGGGCGAUGAACGUCAUCUGGUGCCUGGAGGACGUGUACCUCGAGAACGGGGCCACGCUUUUCAUCCCGGGGAGCGACAAGUGGACGACACGCGAAGACAUCCCUAAGAACGCACGCUCGCUACUGAGGCCCUUCGAGGCCAAGGCGGGCAGUAUCGUGCUCAUGAAUGGACGUGUGUGGCACACUUCGGGCUCCAACGUGACCAAGGACAAAGACAGGGCGUUACUCUUCGGGUACUAUACCGUGCCUUUCUUGAGGCAGCAAGUCAAUUGGACGGCUAAGAUGCCCGAGGAAGUCAAAAAGGAGCUGUCGCAGGAAUUGACGGAGAAGUUGGGAAUGAAUGUGCACGCGAACAUGGCGCAAGUGAGUCUGUUGAAGUAUCUGGACGAGGUGUUUCCGCCUGAAGAACAGCAGGGUGGUGAGAAGUUAAGUUAUUGA